AGAGAGAGAGAGAGAGAAAGAGAGAGAGAGAGAGAGGAGGAAGCCCAGAAAUGGAUUCAGCCACAACGUCGUGGAUUGUGGAGAAACUGAAGCUCACCCCCAACCCGGAAGGUGGGCUUUACUCGGAGACCUUCAGGGACACUUCUGUUCUCCUCUCCAGAUCUCAGCUUCCACCUCGAUACAAGGUCGAUCGACCUGUGAGCACAUCCAUCUACUUUAUGCUGCCAGCGGGGAGCGUGUCGCGCCUCCACCGUAUUCCUUGUGCUGAGACCUGGCAUUUUUAUCUGGGAGAACCUCUCACGGUAUUGGAGUUGAAUGAGAAAGAUGGAAGUGUCAAAUUAACCUGCAUUGGUUCCGACCUGGUUGGAGACAAUCAGCAACCACAGUACACAGUGCCUCCAAAUGUAUGGUUUGGUUCGUUUCCAACGAAAGACUAUACCAUAUCUCCAGAUGGCUCCGUGCUCAAAGCUGCCCCGAGGGAUGCAGAGAAACACUACUCUCUGGUGGGUUGUACUUGCGCACCGGCCUUUCAGUUCCAGGACUUCGAGUUAGCUAAGCGGUCCGAGCUUCUUUCUCGGUUCCCCAACUUGGAGCCUAUGCUCUCUAUUCUCACUCUGCCUGAUUGAGAAUUCACUCCCCAUUCUGUAGCUUGUUGAGAUGGUGGGUACAUCUCCCAUGUAUGAGGAGAUGAUGUGUUCUUAUACAUUUGAUACUCGACAGAAUAAAGGAAUCUUGCAAUAGUCUGACUUAAUUUUGAUGCGUGAUUGCAUUCAUCACUCGUGCUAUGUGUAAUGAAUUGCACGGCUCUGUUCAGCUGUAUAUACAUGAAUUGGUUCGUAAAUUCAUCAGCUAUGACUCA